AUGGCAAAAGUCCCACGUAACUUCCGUCUUUUGGAAGAGCUAGAGAAGGGAGAAAAGGGAAUUGGAGACGGCUCCUGCUCCUACGGUCUGGCUGAUGGAGAAGACAUGACCAUGUCAAACUGGAACGGGACGAUCCUCGGCCCUCCUCACUCAACCCACGAAAACCGCAUCUAUUCCCUCCGCCUCCACUGUUCUCCCUCCUACCCCGACACCCCCCCAACUAUUUCAUUCAUCUCCCGCAUCAACCUCCCCUGCGUAAACGCGACCUCAGGGCACGUCGAUCCGAGUCGACUAGGUGUUUUGGCAAGUUGGAGGAGUGAGUAUACUUUGGAGACGGUGUUGUCGGAGUUGAGGAGGGAAAUGGGGAGUGGUGCAAAUAGGAAAUUGGCGCAGCCCGCGGAGGGGUCAGAGUUUUAA